UUUUCUAUAUUUCGAAAGUUUUUUUGGUAAUCAAGCCAUUUAAUUUAUUAGUGAGAAAGCUAAAGAAGAAGAAUCAUAGAACUUCCUGAGUGUCUGUGACCUUCUAAGUGUUAUAAUUUAAUAAAAAGAAAGUACAGUAACGAUAACAAAUAAAAUGAAUCUGUUUAGUCCAGAACAUAUCCUUCAAGGAGGAUAUUUUCAUUCAACUUUACGGAAGUUACAAGAACCUAAUACUAGUAUUGAACCUCAUAAUAUUAUGUAUCCGGUUUUCUUGCUGUAAGUAUAAUCAAAGUUUAAAGUACCUACUAACUGCAUGUUUGCCCUUGGUACAGAUAACCACAAGUAAAGUUAUCUGAAACUGUUAAGUUCUUCCAACUGAUUUUGAGCGGAUAUACUGUACUUCCAGGGCCCAAAACUUUAUGCUGCUUGAGAUAAGCAACCUAUUAUUUGACAUUUUGUGAGAAAAUGAUGAUGCCCUUCAACCAGUCUCCAGUAUGCCAAAUGUUUACAGAUAUGGCAUUAACCAAUUAAUACUAAACCUCAAAGAUUUGGUGGCCAAAGGAUUAAAAUCAAUUCUUAUUUUUGGAAUUGUGGAAACUUUAGAAAAGGAUGCCAUUGGGUCAAGUGCUGAUGUGAAGGAGAAUCCAGUAAUAAAAGCACUCCCCUUCUUAAGAGAAGCAUUCCCUGACCUUGUUCUUGCCUGCGAUGUGUGUUUAUGCCCUUACACCUCUCAUGGCCACUGUGGGGUACUCACUGCAAAUGGGGCUAUUGAUCAUGCUGCUUCUACCAAAAGAAUUGCUGAGGUGGCACUAGCAUAUGCGAAGGCUGGUGCUCAUAUUGUCGCACCAUCGGACAUGAUGGACAACAGAAUAAAAGCUAUCAAAGAUGCACUAGUUUCUCACAAGUUGGAGAAUCAGGUGUCGGUGUUGUCGUAUUCGUGCAAGUUCGCAUCGUCGAUGUACGGCCCGUUCCGCGACACCAUGAAGAGCUCGCCGAUGGCCGGCGACCGCAAGUGCUACCAGCUACCGCCAGGCAGCGCCGGCCUCGCUGCCAGGGCCGCUGCGCGGGACGUAGCUGAAGGCGCAGACUUCCUGAUGGUGAAGCCGGGGCUGCCUUACUUGGACAUCGUACGCCAGACCAAGGACAAGUUUCCCAAUCACCCGCUCUUCAUAUAUCAGGUAUCGGGAGAGUACGCGAUGAUAUGCCGCAGCGGUGACACUGCGGAGGUCCACAGCACUCUCAUGGAGACCCUCACGUGCAUGAGGAGAGCCGGUGCCGACUGCAUUAUCACAUACUUCGCUCCUCUUAUUUUAAGCAUCGUAUCGGGGAAACCGUAAGGCGGAAGAUAACAUGAGUACAUAGUUAUCACUAAAUAUAUAAUUGCAAUUGUUACAAGAGGCCGCGGAUAUUGUUUAUCGUUUAAAUAUCGCUUUGAUCUAUCAAACUGUACCCCUAGCACGAAUCAUUAUCGAAUUCGAAUAGUUUGCAAACCGAUAUGUCAAUAUUUGUUUCUUUCACGC